CUCAAUCCAGGAGCACAGUUCCUGUGGGCUGCGCCUGACUGGCUUGGUCCUCUGUUUUCUGCACUUCAAGGGAAAGAAGAGAUCUUGCACCAGGGACCUCCCCUCGUCCGUCCAUCCUCUCCGGCUGGCCGAGCAAGGGAGUCAUGGGACCUCUCUACCUGCUUCUCCUGCUGCUGAGCACAGAGUCAUCCCAAGCCCUCAACACAACGGUGCUGCAGGGUGUGGCUGGCCAGGCCCUGCGGGUAUCAUGUACUUACGACUCCUUGAAGUACUGGGGAAGACGGAAGGCCUGGUGUCGCCAGCUGGCUGAGGGGGGCCCGUGCCAGCGUGUGGUGAGCACACACAACGUGUGGCUGUUGGCCUUCCUGAGGAAACGGAACGGGAGCACGGUCAUCACGGACGACGCCCUGGCUGGAACCCUCACCAUCACUCUGCGAAACCUCCAAGCCAGUGACGCGGGUCUCUACCAGUGUCAGAGCCUCCGAGGCCAAGAGGCUGAUGUCCUCCAGAAGGUCCUGGUGGAGGUGCUGGCAGACCCUCUAGAUGAACAAGAUGCCGAAGACCUAUGGGUCCCUAAGGAAUUGGAGAGUUUUGAUGGUGCCCAAGUGGAACACAGCACCUCCAGGGGCCAAUCAGGAGAGACCUCCUUCCCACCCACUUCCAUCCUCAUCCUCCUGGCCUGUGUCCUCUUCAGCAAGCUUCUUACAGCCGGUGUCCUCUGGGCUGUGGCCAGGGGCAGGCAGAAGCUGGGGUCACCUGUGGCCGGUGGGCUGGACUGCGGUCACAAUGCUGAGCACCAACUUCAGGUCCUGACUGAGCUGUGCUUCCAUCAGCAACUUCUCCUCUGGAGGAACGACAAAGACCAAGCCACACACAGCGUCUGGGCUGGGAACAGGGUCCACACCCCUGGAUGUCCUGAGAGGAAAUGGAGCCCAGAGACAGAGGGGGCUCAUUUAUGUCUCCAGUAGAGCCUGGAAGUCCAAGUUUCCCUCCACGUUGCCGGCGCCCUUUUCUCUAGCUCCGUCCUGCUUGUGAACAAGUGCAUUUCAGCAUGUUGUUCCGAGCAUGACCCGAGUCUCAGAAGCACAGGGCAGAUUCCGCAUUAGACGUCUUGUUCUAGGAAGAGGAGCGGGCGGGGUGGCGGUGAACACAGCGGGUUAUGUCUGAAGGCAAAAGUGUUGAUGAAAAUUUAAAAUUAAAGCCGGGUGCAGAGGA